AUGUGGAGAGGUGCUACAGCAAGCAUCUGCUCGAAGCUCCUAUUGUCAUCCCGUGCAGCAUGCUGCAGACCCUCAGAUACUGUAUCUGGUUUUCAUGUGCUCUCUUCCCCUGUUAUCAAUGAUAUACUUCCAAAGGGAGCUCUGUUCUCUGCACAAUUCAAUUCCAGCUCUGUAGCUGGCUCUUGGAAGCUAGGUCCCACACCCACCUCCCAUGGACUUGAUGUUGACUCUCCAGUGGAAGUGCCGUUCCUCAGAAGCCCAAUUGCCACGUUUCUAGCAUCCAAACAGCUGUUGAAGGCUAGUGAUAGUGCUCUACAUUAUGGCCGUUGCUAUUGGGAGCUUUCCAAGGCAAAGCUCAGGUGCUGCCGUGUAUCCUACGAUUGUGUUCUAUUCUAUGCAUGACUGUGAGCAUUGGAAAUCAUAUGUUUCUUAUCCUCUUCAGCAUGCUUGUGGUGGCAACAUCUGGAGCUGGUUUUGUCCUUGGAAGUGGAACUGUCAUAGAUUUAGUUGGGCUUUGUUGUACUUGUGUGGGAACCAUGACGGUAGCAGCAGCGGCCAACUCCUUAAAUCAGGUGCUAUAAUCCAUGUAAACGAUGUUAUUUUACUCCUGUCUAUUUUUAUUAGCUCUUUAACUUGUAUUUCUCAGCGGCAAAGACAAUUUAUUUAUUUAUUUAUGGGUUCAUGCUUAAUAUUGGUGCGCUACUUGCAUGUUGGGAGUGCAGCCUGUUUGGCUGGAUUAGAUAUAUCUAAAUGCAGAUGUAGAUGUAGAUGUAGAUGUGUUCUAGCUAAUAUGAGCCUCGAUUGGGCCACUUUAUAUGUACAUUUUCCCUUGAAAGUCUUUUGUGGACUCAUCAAUUGUUUAUCAGAGGUCCGUGGGACAUGGACUGGACUUUCUCUAGGCCAUCUUUGUUCUUUGGUUCCUCUGAUGCUUUUAUUAAAAAGCUAUAUAGUAAUAUUUGAUUGAUAUGAUUGUGUUCUCAGACAUGACAUAUUUACUGCUGACACAAACCAAAAUUAUCAAGCUACAGAUGGCAAAGUUCUUUUGGAGAGUAAAUCAGCUGAUUACCAUGUGCACUGUGUACCUGUCGUAUUUAGUGCUUUCAUAUCUUUAUAAAUGCUAUUAUGUAUUAUUUCAGGUUUUUGAAGUACAUAAUGACGCUAAAAUGAAGAGAACGAGGAACAGGCCUUUACCUUCAGGUCGUCUUUCUGUUCCUCAUGCAGUUGCAUGGGCAUCAAGUGUUGGUGUUGGCGGGACUGUUUUGUUGGCAUCAAAGGUGCUAUAAUUUUUCUACGCAUUGAUUUGUUGAGGUUUUAUGUAAAAUCUUUUUUCUUCGAUGAUGUCUUUGAAAAUCUGUCUUCAAUCUGAGGAUUUAUGAGCUGAUGGUCACAAAACAAUUGUUGCAAGGUUCUUGCAGACUAAUCUCUUGGCGGCAGGGCUUGCAGCAUCCAAUUUGGCUCUUUAUGCUUUUGUCUACACUCCCUUGAAACAAAUACAUCCAGUGAAUACAUGGGUCGGAGCUGUUGUCGGCGCAAUUCCCCCGCUUCUUGGGUAGGCCUCCUUGGCUUUGAACAUGAUUUGUUCGUUUCUGCCAUAUUUCCCCUUGGCUUUGCAAUGUGUUCUCAUUCCUGUUUUAUGUCAUUAAACUCCGUAUCUGUGUUUUCACAUUUCCAUCUCAUUUUGUUUGAAAAAUGCCGAGUAGUGUUUGAAAGCUUUCUUUUUAUUGUGCUUUUAUUUGUAUACUCCGAGUAACAUCAACUUGCUGAAAGCUAUAGCUGACAUUCUGCAGGCAUCUUCUUCUACGAGCCUUUUUACUUUUUAGUUAUUUCCCCCAACAAUUUCAGCUUCUAUAUCCAUGCUAUUCACGCUUGCAUAUUCUCAUGAGAUCCCUACAAAUCAUCAAUCACUCGGAUUCAUUAUAAUUAAGAUGGGCUCUUUCUUUAAUCUACCCCCUCGUUAAUCUCCAUUUGGAAAAUCUGUCCUAUCCAAAUUCACCUCUUCGUCAUAUUUUCCAUUAGCCAUCUAGAGUUGCUGUCACUUAUUAGAGACCUUCUGUCUAUUCAUAAUCAUCUGAGCGGUCAGAAUUUUCAGAAGGUUCUCUGGCACUUAAUUGAGCCACUUUAAUCAGUUUUAUGGGACUAUCCCCACAUUUUUCAUCGAAACACAUUGUCCCAAAGUGGAUAUUGAUGUCCAUUCUCCUUAUACUUCACAAAUAACAGAAUAUCAGUUCAUGAAUCAACGAGACAGCUUUUUCUUCUCUUAUGCUAAACAUAUUUAUUAAAAUCUUUUAUCUGAAUAAAAUAAAACAGACUCUCAUAUCCUUCUACCCUUGUAUACGUUUUGGCUUAAUCCUCAUUUUCCCAUUUUUUCCUCAGGUGGGCUGCCGCGACUGGUGAGAUCUCGCCCAAUGGAUUGAUUCUCCCUGCUGCUCUAUAUUUUUGGCAGAUUCCCCACUUCAUGGCCCUUGCAUACUUCUGUCGCAGCGACUAUGCUGCUGGAGGGUAAGGCAAAACCUUCUGCUGGAGGCACAAUUAUUUUUUGCUUAAUUUUUUUAUCACCAUCAGUUUACUUUUUUUUCCUAUUCCGUUUGUCAAUAUAUUUUAAAAAUUAUUUUCUUAGUGUUUAUCAAGACCUAGCAGAUGUCCUUUUCCUAUUGUAUUUAUCCAUAUCCAUUAUAAUAUUUUUCUUAUUCUGUUUAUCGGUAUGUUUCAAAAAUAUAUAUUAUUCCUUUUACCAAUAUCCGUUACAGAGUUUCCAUCCUUCUUUUUAUCGUUGUCUGUUAGAUUUUUUUCCUUAUUCUGCUUAUAAAUUUCUGUGACAUUUUUUUUUCUUGUUCUUUUUCAUUGACGUCUAUUACAGAUUUACUUCUUAUUCUUUUUUGCGAAUAUAUUCUGCAAUUUUCAUCAUUAUUCUUUGUAUUAUCGAGACCUGCUGCUUUCUUUUUCAGUUUCUCAGCAUCCGCUGAUAUUCUUUAAUUAAUAUUUUUCAUCCAUGCCUGCUGCACAUUUUUUCCUAUUUCCUUUAUAUCAAUUCCUGCUACACAUUUCUUCUGCUGUUCUUUUUUUAUCAAUUUCCGUUAUUUGAUUCAGGUUCAAAAUGUUCUCACUCUAUGAUGCCUCGGGCUGGAGAACUUCUCUGGUGUCUCUCCGAAACUGCCUUUAUCUCUUUCCUGCCGGAUACCUGGCCUACCACUGUGAGUUGUCAAGGCUAUUUUACUCUGCGUUUUUACUAUUUCUACCCGCCCUUCUCUCUCUCUCUCGCCCUCUCUCGCUCUCUCUCUCUCUUUUAUCCUAUUACGAACCUCUUGAGAUUUGGGGCGAAAUCAUCACCCUAAUCUUACCUUAGAUGAGGCUCACUCAAGGAAUCAACUCUCUAUUGUUUAGAAGAACCAGAUUGAACAAUUGAAAAAUGAAAAUUCGAAAGACAGUAGAGGUUCGUAGAUAGUAGGGUGAGUUCCUAAGGUCGGAUCAAUCCUCAGGAAUAAGAGAGCCCGAAUCGGACCUCUCAAGGGACAGAUCUCCCUCUCCACUCUCUGUUUUCUCCUCCCUUCUUAUUUCAGCCUCUUCUACAUUUAUAGGCCUCAGUACAUUAUUCUGUUGUGGUUCCCCCUCCACAUGGGGGUCUAAGUCGUCUUGUGUAGACGACGGUUGACUUCGUAACAUUACUCCCCCCAUGAGUUUCACCGUCCACAAGGUGAGAUUUAGGAAAUUGUCGAAGGAAUGUUGAUACUGUCAUCCAUGAUGAUUCAAACUAUGGAAGAUGUUUCCAUGAAAUUAAUAUCUCUGUGUCUUGAGGAGUCGACUGUGAGCUUUUAUGCCAUCUAGAAUUAGUAUCCAUUCUUGUUCUUCUGAUAGUGUUGGGGGAAUUGGUUAACUUCUGUUGUCUGUUCUUAGUUUCUUCCUGAGCUGGGAUAUAUGGAAUACCAGAUGAAUAGCUGAAUGGUCGGGCAAUUGGAGUUUAUAUGCCAUUGGUCCAAUUCUUUCCAUAAUAAGAUACAGACCAAAAUAGCGAGGGUUUAACUUCUCGUUUUUCUUUUUUGCCAGAGAUUUCAUCUGAUAUGGUUUGAUCUUGAGGAAGACCAAAUCACCCACCUCUAAUUCCACUUCUCGGCAAUGCUUAUCUGUAUUAGAUUUCAUACUUACUUGUGUCUUGUGCAAGUUGAAUUUCAGAAUCUUAAGGAUAAUAUCUCGUUCCAUGAUUAGUUGAUCGAUGGCAUCAAGUGGUAAAGGGGAUGUUCCAUAUUUGAUAAGUUUUGGUGGGUCUCUACUAUAUACUGUUCGAAAAGAGUCAUUUUAGUGGAAGAAUGAUAGGAAGCAUUGUAAGUAUAUUCUGUCCAAUGAGGUCAUAAUUUCCAUUACUUCGAUUUAUCAAAUACUGUACAUCUCAAGUAAUUUUCUAAGCACCUGUUGAUGACUUCAGUCUGUCCAUCUAUUUGAGGGUGGUAAGAGGAGCUAAAUUUGAGUAGAGUUCCCUAUAGUGUGUGUCGUUCACACCAAAAUGCAGUUAAGAAUAUUCGUCCUGUAUCGGAGACCAUUGUCUUUAGAAACUCAUAGAGCCUUACGAUUUCCUUGAUGAAUAAUUGAGUGACCUCCUUGGCUGAGAAUGGAUGAUAUAGGGCAAUGAAAUGACUGUACUUGCUUAAUCUAUUCACUACUACUAAUAUGGCAUUCGACCCAUAUGAUUUCGGUAAGCUUUCAAUAAAAUCCAUUGAAAGGUUUUCCCAUAUUUGGGUAGGUGUAGGCAGUGGCUGCAGAAGUCCCGCUGGGGAUAGUGAAAAAGAUUUGCACUGUAAGCAAGUAAGGUAAUUGUUGAUAUAUGCCUUUAUAUCUCUUUUCAUUCCUUGUCAAUAGAAUUGUUGCGAAAUUUUAUGAUAUGUCUUCUGAAACUUAGAAUGACCCCCACCGGGCCGUCAUGAAAUAAUUGUAACACUGGUAAUUAAAGGAGAAUGUGUUGGCAAAACUAACCUUUCUCUAUAUAGCAAGGAUCCAUCCUUCAAAGAAUAUAAUUUGUUUAUUGUAUCUCCUUUAGACAAGGAAGUUUUAAUCUCUGUAACUUUAGUGUCUUGGUCUACUGUUAGUUGGACAGCUUCGAGAUCAAUGGCAUGAUGUGUUAUUGUCUUAUUUAGUUCAGCUUGCAAUAAUAAUGUACAUCGGGAUAAUACAUCUGCGGCUUGAUUGUUCUUCCCUUAUAUUUAAUUUCAAAACUAUAUCCCAUCAAUUUCACCAACCAUUUAUAAUAUUCAGCGUGGAUUUCCUUUUGUUUAAGUAAGAAUUAAAAAUUGUACUAGUCUGUUUCGAUGAUAAAAUGCUAACACAUAAGAUAAUGUCUCCAUUUCCUUACUGCCAACACUAUAGCCAUCAACUCCCGUUCAUAGGCUGAUUUCAAUUUGGCCUUCUUGGAAGUGCUUGAUUGAAAUAAGCUAUCGGGUGCCCUUUUUACAUGAGAACGGCUCCAACACCUGAUCCAAAAGCAUCAGUUUCCAUGAUAAAUUCUUGUGAAAAAUUUGGUAAUGCUAAUACUAGAGCCAAAGUCAUUGCUUGUUUAAGGGUAGAGAAAGCUGCUUGUGUUUCUCCUAACCAAUAAAAUACAUCUUUUCUUAAUAACUGUGUUAGUGGCCAUGCAAUUGAAGCAUAGUUGGCAAUAAAUUUUCUAUAAUAUCUAGUGAGCCCUAAGAACCCACGGAGUUCCUUAAGAUUUCUAGGAAUUGGCCAAUUAGUCGUGGCAGAUAUCUUCUCUUUACCGACUUCUACUCCUUCUGUCAAAACCCAUGACCCAAAUACUCUAGCUUGCUUUCUCCAAAUCUACAUUUCUUGGCAUUAAUAUGAAGAGAAUUUGUCGAGAGAAUGGAAAAUACCUUCCUCAUGCUGCAGGUGUUCAGUCAUUGUGAUGCUGUACACAAGUAUAUCAUCAAAGAAAACCAGUACGAAUCACCUCAAUUGACAUUGAAAUAUUUGGUUCAUCAGCAAUUAAAAGGUUGCAGGUGCAUUUGAUAAUCCGAAAGGCAUUACUUUAAAUUCAUAAUGGCCAUGAUGAGUUUUGAAUGCAGUCUUAGGUACAUCUUCUUUUUUCAUUUUGAUCUCAUAAUAUCUUGAUUUUAAAUCUUGUUAUGAAAAAACUGAUUUUCCAUAUAAUUCAUCUAGCAGCUCAUCUACAAUUGGAAUGGGGUAACAAUUAGGAACUGUAGCUCGGUUCAACGCUCUAUAAUCUAAUAAUGCAGGGCUCACAUAAGGAUUGUGUGUAGGUUGUAUGAUCUCUGUUGAUAUGAGUUCUUGAAUGAGUGUCUCAAUUUCGUUUUUUUGGAAAUGAGAGUAUUUGUAAGGCCUCAAGUUAAUAGGUUUUGUUCCUAGUAAUAGAUGAAUGGCAUGGUCAACAAGGUGCUCAGGUGACAUUCCUAUCAAUACUUCAAAAACCUUAGGAAAUUCUUGUUUCAGACUGAUUUCUAAAUUGUUGGGUGCAUUAGGGUCGCUGUGUGAGUGAAUACGAUGUAAUUCAACCAUAUAUGCCUUGUUACUCUUUAAGUUCCUUCUCUGCUCUUCUUGAUGAUGUACUGAUUUUUGUAAUACUAAGGUCCCCUUUGAAGAUGUGAAUUUUGCCUCCCAUCAUGAACCUCAUUAUGAACUUCUCAUAGUUGAAAAUGAUCCACCCUAAAGUUCUCAAACACUGUAUGUCUAGGAUCACAUCCAUGCCACUCAACUCUAGUGGUGAAAAAUUUUGUACUAUCUAAACACCUUGCACAUGGAGAGGAAUAGCCUUGCAAAUUGUUGCACCUACCACUGUGUUGUCGUUGCCCAUAACUAUGUUGUAGCUAUUUAACUUCUCCAUUUGUAAGGAUAAGUUAUCAAUUAUUUUGGUGCACAAGAAAUUGUGAGUCGCCCCACUGUCAUUGAGUAUUGACACCUCAGUGUCAUGAAUUUUGCCCCAUAGUUUCAUAGUCCCUUGUUGAGUAAUUCCCAUGACUGAAUUUAAAGAUAUGUGUGUAGUGAAAGCCUUCUCAUCCGUGUUGGAUAUGGCUUGAUCAAAUAGUUCCCAUCCUUCAUCAGUACUGUCAUCUUCUGCACUCUUCUGGUCUUCAUCUUCAUCCACAAUAAUAAAAUUCAACUUCUUUUUACAAUGAUGCCUUGGAGCGAAUUUUUCAUUGUAGUAGUAGCAUAAUCUCUUAUCUCUUCUCUUCUGAAAUUCCUGAUCCGUCAACUUGUGUAUCUUGCGGUUACUCAAAGGUGGCUUGGAUGUCACAGAAUUUCUCUUUCUUCAGAUGAAUCUUGAUAAUUCUUCCUAUAAUUACCUCUAUUAUUUGUAGUUUGGAAUUCUCUUUUGUAAGAGUCAUAAUGAGGUUGAUGUGGUUCAGGCUUUGUAAUCACUUGUUUCCCAUAGAAUUAAUUUCUGUCAUUUCGGAUUUUCCGAAGAUGAAUCUUAGCUUGGAUUGAUAGAUCCAUUGUUUUUCUGAGUCCCAAGGGCUUAUGCAUUGUCAAUUCCGAUCUGAUGUCCGGUUUCAAGCCCCUCAGAAAUGCAUCUUCUAAUACUUCUAUGUUUAUAUGAGGUAGAAAGACUGCAAUUCGUUCAAAUUCGGCCAUGUAUUCUCUUAUUGAUGUGGCUUGUUGUAACCUCAUUAAUUGUUGCAGUGAACUCUCCAUCUCGGACGUCUUGAACCGUUUAUUCAAUUGACUCUUGAAGUCAUGCCAAUCUCGGAAUGGAAAUCUAUCUUCCAUCCAGAGAUACCAUUCCAGAGCUUCUCCCUCCAUACUCAACAUAAUUUGAUUGAGUCUAUCAUGCUCUGACAUAGGGUUGAGGCGAAAAUAUCUCUCAGCCCACUUAAUCCAUCCCUCAGGGCCAUCUCCUUGGAAAAUUGGUAACUCUAUUAUCUGAUUUAUCUGUGUUUGACCAUCUUGUGAAGCUUGGCUUGAAUGAGUGUUGCCAUUAUAAGGUUACGUCGGUUCCUCUCUUGGACCUUCAUUUGGAUGCAAACUGGAGUGUGGAUUUCGUGUGGAUAAUUUCUGAAGAAUCUAGUUAAGGAUUUCUCUCUGCUCGAUUAGGGAUUGUUCUUGCUUAGCAUAACCCUGUUUCAGAGAUGCAACCUCUUCUUCUAACGAAGUCAUCUGAUGUGCCUUUGACCUGGCGAGCAUCCGCCAAUCAAGAUAGGUUCCAAACUAUAUUGGAUGAUCGUUCUUCUUGCCGUAAAUCUGCCAAUCUUCUUCCAACGUCUUGACUUUGUGGAAUUACGGUCGAACGAAUUCGUUGUAAGAAUUACCUUCAUUUCUUGAAUUCGUUGUAGUUCGGACUUGGAAAGAAUUUCUGCUUCAACCUUAUUACGGCAAGAACAGAAUCUUGCUCUUGUAAUCUUGUACUUGGUGUAAUUUCUCCGAGUUCUUGCAAAAAAAAGACGAGGAUGUCUGCUCUUGAGGUUUGGGGCAAAAUCUUCACCCUAAUCUUACCUUAGCCGAGGCUCACUCAGGGAAUCAGCUCUUUGUUAUAUAGAACCAGAUUGAACAAUUGAAAAAUGGAAAUUCGAAAGACAAUAGAGGUUUGCAGACAGUAGGGUGAGUUCCUGAGAUCGGAUCGAUCCUCAGGAACAAGAGAGCCCAAAUCAGACCUCUCUAGGGACAGAUCUCCCUCUCCACUCUCUGUUUUCUCCUCCCUUCUUAUUUCGGCCUCCUCUAUAUUUUUAUAGGCCUCAGUACAUUAUUCUGUUGUUGUCCCCCCUCCACGUGUGGGUCUCGGUCGUCUUGCGUAGACGACGGUUGGCUUCAUAACAUAUCCCUUCCAAAAGUGAGGGCAGACUCAAACUAAAGUGAAGAACUACCCAAAACAGGCCAGCCAUUGGAAGUAGGCCCACCUUUGGGCUAUUUUCUAACUCCACAAGAAGCCAUAGUUGACCCCCGUGCUGAAAUCUUCUCCGUCCACUGAGUUGUUUUAUUUUUCGCCAUCUGGGUGUUGGGCCUUGAAGCAGAUCCCAACGUAGCUUUCCCACGUUGAAGCAACUCCAAGGUAGAGAUCACCAAACAUUGGUUCAUAUCCGUUAACUGAUACAUACUGGGGUGGGGUCCCACCCACAAGUAUUGACGCUGAGCCACACGCAGUGCCCAAACACCCUCUCGUGGACUUUUUCUCCGGGCCCGUUGUUUUGCUCCAGGUAGCGGCACUCACAUAAUUUGAAGUUUGAGAAUGAAUGGAUGGUAGCAUUUACACGUCUGCAGUGCAUCUGCACUCUCUAGGCCCGGACCCAUCUCAUGGGCUUUCUCUCUGGGCCGUUGGGCAUUGUCCCAGCUGCAUUCACUCUCAUAAUUAACUCCAAUGCCCGAAUCUUGGUAUCAUCCUUUUUUUUUUUUUGACCUUCUAUCUACUAUCUGUUGUGCUGAUGCCGCUCUCCCAACUUUGCAGGGGGGGUCACCAGCGGAUGGUUUGCUGUCGAGUCGUCGAUCCUCACCGGGUGCAUGACGGCGGCAGCGGUGGCGUUUGUUCUGGACCGGACCCCGAAGAAGGCUCGGAGGAUGUUUCACGCCAGCCUCAUCUACCUCCCCGUCUUCAUGGCGGGCCUUCUCCUCCAUCGGCUCCCCAAUGAGCAAGAGGCCCAGCUGGCGGACUCCGGCGAUUCCCAUGGGCGGCUGCUCUCUGCGUCUGAAGCCCGCGUGGAGGAAGCUGGCGGCGGAGGGGUGCUUCGCGGCCCGAUGAGAGCCAGGCAGAGGGGGGAUCGGCCCCUCCCGCCGGUAGCCUACGCCUCGGCUGCCCCCUUUCCCUUCCUGCCGGCUCCGCUCUAUGCUCCUCCGGAUCCUUGA